UAUUACAGCCUCUAGAAAUUUCUCCCAGACGUUUACAUCCAUGCACGUGGUAUGAUCGGUCAUUGACCUGUCGAGGCAUCGGGAAGUUUCUCCAGGUCGUUGACCAGGCUAUAAAACCGUGUGAGGAUACACAGUCACUUCAGCAGAUUGAUUAACUAUCAGCAAAGACAGACACGAAAGCCUCCGUUCGUGAACAACAACAACGUACAGCGUUGAUUGUGAACUGCAGUAAGUAAGCAUAUUUUGUUAAAACGUUACAGCUGCAUCUAAACUACAAUAUGGCUCUAUCCAGAUACGUGCCCAUUGGAUUUGAAGACGAUCUUUGGGGAACCCUGGCCUCAGAUUUGGAACAAAUGAAUCAGCAAAUGCGCCGAAUGAACAACCAAUACAACAAUUUGGUGCCAACCCGGCAACCACUGGACAUCGGCAUGAAUGAGGCGUUCAGAAUGGACAACCCCAUUGUCACUGACAAAGACGGCAACAAGAAAUUCCACCUCGAGUUCGACCUGCGUCAGUUCAAACCAGAAGAAAUCAACCUUACUACUGCCAACAACAUGUUGACCAUUGAGGCAAAGCACGAAGAAAAGAGCGACGGGAGAAUUUCAUACCGGGAAUACCGGCGCCAGUAUACGAUCCCUGAAGGCGUCAACGUGGAAACGCUCAAGUCCAAGCUAAAUCAAAACGGAGUUCUGUCCAUUGAAGCCCCUGUACAGAAGAAACAAGACGUUGCCAUUCCCAUUACUCACAAGUGAACUUCCAGCAGCGCUAUACAUGAACCUUGAAGAGUUAAUAUCGCAGCUUACUUCCCAGAGGUAGGCGAAGGCCGAGGGUCAUCAGAACAGUAACGGUGACAGACUUUAAAAUCUGUAUGUACUCAUGAACUUUUUUGUAAGAACAUGCAGAAAGAAUUUGAGUUUAUAAGAAAGCUUAACUUGUACGUGUUUGUGUCUCAAAUACGAGAAGUAUUAACUUUUCUCUGUACUUCCUGACGCUUUUGUUGCAAAAUGUUGAUUCAUUAUACAGGUAUCACCAACAUGACCAAUUUGUGAUUUUUGUAAUAAUGUUUGUGUUACUGAUUUAUUUGUUUUGUAAACAGAGAUGUCCACUUUAAAACUAAGGGUAAUUGUUUUAUUAUUUUCUUCAUUUCGCAUUGUUCAUCAAUAUUGCGUGAAUAACAGAUACUUUCUACAGAAACAACAAGCAGUUGUUCACCUUGAUUUGUAUCAGUUUGUGUUCGUGAACAUUUUGUUUGUCCAGCAAAUAAAAUAUUUGGACUUGAACCUAAACUAAA